AUGGUGAAAGAAGAGGAGCCUGCGUCGUUUACAGGCCCAGCACAACCAGAACAAGGGGAAGGAGGAGGUCAAAUGGAAGAUUUAGUGAAGAAAAUUAAAAAGGAGAAAGGUGGCAGUGAAACCGGAGGUACAGGAACUGAAGCGUCGACUAGCGCAUCGAAAGGAACUGAAAAGAGGAAGAAGAAGAAGAAAGGUAAGAAGGCAAAACGAAAAAGAAGAAAGGAUCGUUACGAAUCACAAAAUUAUCUGUUACGAAUCGAAGGCACCCUAUGUUGUGCAUCAUUAAUAAUUGGGUUCGUCUGGCUAAUCUCAGUAUUCAUCGCAUUGAUUGCAUUCCUAGUUUGGGCAGGAUUUGACAUCACCGCUACUACAGAUUCAGUAAAAUAA